CAACCUGGCGUUCCGUAGUUAACCGGAAGAAAAGUAUGCUGUUAUUAUUUUUAUAACCUACAGAUACCCACCGAAGUAAACGGAUACAGUGUUAUUAAUACCGUCAACGGAUAUUUAUUUUGUAACACUUCAAUGCAUCUCAGGGUUACUUCUGUUGUUUUUUUGCAAGCUUGCUGGCUUUAGACUAGAUGAAUAGGCAGGCGGUGGCGAAUGCAACAUGGAGCUGGGCGGUACGGAGGGGACCCCGCGUGGACUGUUCACUUGCGAGCUCUGUGAAUUAACCACCCCUUUCACUUACUACGGACAAAAACCUCCAAAUACCAGGGCUAUUGUGCUUCUGGAGGAAUGUUACGUGAUGAGGGAUCCGUUCUGUCCGGAGAAGGAAAAGUUCUUGGUUCUCGGAUCAACUUGCAGUCUGUGUCGCAAGACCGUCUGCGUCAGUGCAGACUGCAGUCUGUUCUACACUAAACGCUUCUGUCUGCGCUGCGUGAGGGAGCAUCUGGAUCAGUUUCCUCCUCAGAUACAGGCGGAGCUGAGGAAGAAGAAGCCGACAGAGAAGACGUCAGAUCUCGCGUCUAGCUGAGCUCCGAAACCGGCCCUGUCAGAGGGCAGCGGCGAAGACUACGGAGAGAUCUGUGGACUUUUUCCUUCGAUCAAACUUUAUUGAUGUAAAUUCUUAUGAACACAAACGAUCCUGCAUCUAUUGGGAAUUAAUGGAUUUUGAAAAUGUCAGCUCUACAUCAUUUGCCUUUUUAUUUUAAUAAUAAAUUAUCCUUUUUAACAAAGGUCAGGUGGAAAAAUCUUGUAUAUGUUUCUGCGGAGCCUUAAAAAUUGAAGAUAGAGACCUGUGACGACUCGAUUAGAUUUUGGUUUCAGAUUUCCCCAGCACCUUCUUUUAGAAGAUGACUCCAUAGGGCAAUACUCCAUGUUUACCACAGUGCAAAGAGACACAUUUUCUCUCAAGAAUCCUAUGUGUAUCUUUAGGUUCCUGUUUUUGCUUGGUGUAGGUUGUUAUGCUACUGUUAUUGUACUGACCUAUUUUUAAGCAAGCUCUUAUGCAGAGAAAUGGCACGAACACAAUAGCCCAGCUGAGAUUCUGGUUGCAAUCACAAUUCCUGAACUGUUGCUACCCAAAUGAACACAUAUUUUAGGUUUACAAACAUGUGCUUAUUUGCAUUUUUAUUUGUAUUUAGUGUAUUUACUGACUAAGGGUGAGGCCUGAAAUACAUUUAUGAAUUUGCAAUAAUGUAGGCCUACUGCCUUUUCAAAAACUGAAAUUAAUUACGGUUCUGGGACAGCAAACAAUAAAAGCACUAGGCUACAGGUACAUGUAUGUGUGGGUGGAGUGUUCAAGUGACAAAGCACCUAGCCCCUUUUUCCCCAUGUACCCCUUUGAUCUGAUUUUUUUAAAAAGAAGAAAAGAAAAAAACUUACAUUGCAGGGCUCUGCAGUGCCCCCAUUUUGGGGGCAUAUACUCCUAAAAAUUGAUGUGUGCUAACUUGAAAAAUAAUUUAGAAGCACAUCUACUAAUUGGGAUGUAUUAGUGUGCUCCUAAAAUGUUCAACUUAGGAGCAUGUGUGCUCCUUGGAAAAAAAUGUUAGCAUAGAGCCCUGCAUUGUUUUCGUCAUUAAUGUUUAUUUAUUUUGGUAAAACAUAUUAUGUACAAUAACUGGGUGUGGUAAAAAAGAAAAGUUUUUCUUUUCUUACUUUGAGCACUAUGCGCGGCCCUCCCAUUGUAUAUAAACGACACUGUAGGCUAUGUGGUGUUCAUGUGCCCUUAUCCAUGAGAGCCAUCUGCUGGCCAAUGGGGUAUAUGAGCACAGAUUAGUGCAUAUAAGAUUGAGGCUGGGAUCCUGAUUGUCCUGACACAGAAAUGCCGAAAAAAACAAACAUAAAUGUCUAGAGGUGAGAUAGCUCUGA